AUGAGGUUUAUAUUAAUUGUCAAAGAGCUAGGACUGAAAAUUGAACAUGCCUCUACUAGUCUUAUUGUAUCUGCUGUUGGAACCUUUACACGACCACUUGGAAUUAUUAGAAACCUCCCUAUAGAGAUUGAAGGUGCUCGCAUACCUAUUACUGUUGAGGUAGUACUUGCUACUUCCUACUCACUAUUACUUGGAAAUAAUUUGUCUAAGAAGAUUAAGGCCAACUAUAAUUGGGCUAACAGAUACUACUCAUUUAAAUGGAAUAACAAGAAAUAUUCGACCACUACUACUUAUGAAUCAAACUGA